GCAAACGCACACUACAAAAACCCUCGUCUAAAACCCCUCCGCCUCUCUCUGUAUCCUGAGCACGCAUACAGUAACACCACGCACCAGCUGACGGAAUCGUUAAGAAACUAAGAAAUCUCAGAGGGAAAAUGUUGUCUGAGGAGGAAAUCUCGCGGCUUUAUAGAGUGAGGAAGACAGUGAUGCAAAUGCUGAGCGAUAGGGGUUACUUGGUGGAUGAUUCUGAGAUUGAAAUGACGAGGUCUCAAUUCGUUCAGAAGUAUGGUGAGGGUAUGACCAGAGAGGGCCUUGUUAUCCUCAAACCCUCGCGUACCAAUCCCUCCGACCAGAUAUUUGUGUUCUUUCCUGAUGACCCAAAGGUUGGCGUAAAGCCAAUUACCAUUAGUACAAAACGAAUGGCAGACGAGGGUGUUCGUCGGGCGAUCCUAGUUGUACAGCAGGGAUUAACUCCUUUUGCUAAGAACUGUAUAAGUGAAAUAUCUUCAAAAUUUCAUGUGGAAUAUUUUCUGGAGGCUGAACUGUUAACCAACAUAAAAGAGCAUAUUCUUGUUCCCCAACAUCAGUUGCUUACACCUGAGGAAAAAAAGACUCUGCUGCAAACGUACACUGUAAAAGACACUCAGCUGCCUCGCAUAUUGAUGAACGACCCGAUUGCGAGAUACUAUGGGCUGAGGCGUGGACAAGUUGUAAGAAUCAUAAGGCCAAGUGAGACUGCUGGACAGUACAUCACUUACAGAUUUGUGGUUUGAAUAUUUAGAGAUUUCUUCUUGUGAUUUGAUGAUAGUGAUAAUAUUAUUGCAGUAGUAUUCUUAAUGAUUAUAGUAGAUGAUUGGCAUCAUGGAUAAAAAAAAAAAAAAAAAAAAACUCCCUUAUUAUUUGUUGAGUAAGUGCUUUUAUCACCUAAGCUUAAAGUAUCCACUUAAAGUUGAGCCAUUUCAUAUAGUUCUUGAAGGAAUUAGUUUUCUUGAUGAUUA